UAUCUUUACUUGAUGUGUAGCUUUUGGGGCUUUUCCUCAUCUUCUCUGUUCAUGAGCCAAAAGUUUUGCGGGAAGUGACAGAGUGAAGACGAGAUAAAAAAAACCUAGCUUUCUUCGUUUGAGAUAUCCCUUACUUACAAUUUUUCGAAGCUUUAAUUCAAUCAUUUUCCCGCGUUUCGAACCCCAAACCACACACUCUGCUAAACAGGGAAAGACUCUUGAUUCAAGAUAGAUAGAUGUAUUUCCAUUGACAACGUUGCAAGUCACUAAAAUGCUGCUUCUUCAAACUGUUGUCUCUCCUAGACGCUUUUCACCUUUUUGUGAUGCCACUUUACAUCCAUUAUCAUCACUUAGUAUUAAGAAUCCUAUGUUGGAAGGUACUCACAGUUUUUCUCAUUACUCCCCUGUAUCUAACCGCCGCAUUGUAAAGUCUAUUUCAUGCUCUGGUUCUACAAAGUCUCAUCCUAAACCCGAGUCUGAGCCCGAACGCGAAACUGGCUCGAACCAUAGAGCAAGGCCUAAGGCAAGAAGCAGAAGUGGACAACCUAAAGAUGUGGUAUCCAACAAUGAUGCUAAAAAUUCUGCAGACACAUUCCCCACAACGAUUCCAAGGAAGCCAAGGCGUGGACGCCGAAGUGAAGCUGUGGCAGUGGAAGAUAUGGUGCGUGAUACGCUCGAGCGCACUUUUGCAACGAUUCAGCAACAAAACGAGGAUUCUUUGGAUAAUUAUGAAAAUAUAAUGAAGGAGAGGGACGGUGACAAUUCUGAAAAUGAGAGUGGUGAUAGUGACGAUGAUAAUGAUGAGAAAGGGGAAGAUGGUGGUGAAGGUACAGGAAAAAAGAUGGUGAUUGAGGAAGAAAGUAAAACCUGGCCAUUGGAUGCAGAUGUUGGGUGGGGAGUAAGAGCUUCUGAGUAUUUUGAGAAGCAUCCAAUUAAGAAUGUGGUGGGAGAAGAUGGGUGUCAAAUAGACUGGGAAGGGGAGAUUGAUGACAACUGGGUGCAGGAGAUUAACUGUUUGGAAUGGGAGAGUUUUGCUUUCCAUCCCAGCCCAUUGAUUGUCCUUGUCUUUGAACGUUAUAACAGGGCAACUGACAACUGGAAAAACUUGAAAGAGCUGGAGAAAGCAGUGAAGGUAUACUGGAAAGCGAAAAAUAAGUUGCCUCCUCGGGCUGUUAAGAUAGAUAUCAAUAUCGAGAGAGAUUUGGCUUCCGCUCUGAAAGUUAAAGAAUGCCCCCAAAUUUUGUUCUUACGGGGUAACAGGGUUGUGUACAGGGAGAAAGAACUCAGAACUGCAGAUGAGCUGGUUCAGAUGAUUGCAUUUUUCUAUUACAAUGCAAAGAAGCCUGCGUGGAUAGAUGAUAAGGCCUUGUUUUAUCUUCAUUAAUAUUCACGAAUGCCAGCCUGAAGAUUGUGUCUUGGUAAGAAAAAAAAAAUUGUAGCAACUGUCUGUGUACAAAAAUAUAGAAGCAGAAAACAAUCGGGCACAACCAAAUUUAGAAAUCUUAUGUAAAACAGUAAGCAUUAGAAUCUUUUUUAUAGGAUUUUGUUGUGUGUGUAAUUCUUUAAGAUUUCACUUUUGUUGACACUUCUUACAGUAUCUAGUAUUUUGCUACCCUUGUGAGAAGUA